UGGCUCAUCCCCCACUUCCCUCUCCCUCUCUCAUCUCUCUCUCUCUCUCUCACGGACUUCUUCUCACUCUCCAUCUUCAAAAUAAAUUUCUAGGGUUAGGGUUUCUCUAAGUAGGCAGCGAUCGAGAAAGCGAGAGCGAGGGAAUUCGAGAUGACGACACGAUUGGAGAAAUUGGCUUCGAUCGAUGCGCAGUUGAGGCUUUUGGCGCCAGGGAAAGUAUCGGAGGACGAUAAAUUGGUGGAGUACGAUGCUCUGCUCUUGGAUCGGUUUCUUGAUAUUUUACAGGAUUUGCACGGCGAGGAAAUUAGAGAGACGGUUCAAGAGUGCUAUGAGUUAUCAGCUGAGUAUGAAGGAAAGCAUGAUCUGAAGAAGCUUGACGAACUGGGGAAUGUGCUGACAAGUUUGGAUCCUGGUGAUUCCAUCGUGGUCGCCAGUUCAUUCUCGCACAUGCUAAACUUGGCCAACUUGGCUGAGGAGGUCCAAAUUGCCUACAGGAGGAGGAUUAAGCUCAAGAAGAAGGGAGAUUUUGCAGAUGAGGCUUCUGCCACUACUGAAUCGGACAUUGAAGAGACACUCAAAAGGCUUGUUGUGCAGCUGAAAAAGUCUCCAGAAGAGGUUUUUGAUGCGCUGAAGAAUCAAACAGUUGAUCUAGUUCUUACAGCACAUCCAACUCAGUCAGUUAGGAGAUCGCUGCUUCAGAAGCACGGAAGGAUAAGAAAUUGCUUGGCACAGUUGUAUGCAAAAGAUAUUACACCUGACGACAAGCAGGAGCUUGAUGAAGCACUCCAGAGAGAGAUUCAAGCUGCUUUCAGAACUGAUGAGAUCCGAAGAACUCCUCCCACUCCUCAAGAUGAAAUGAGGGCUGGAAUGAGUUAUUUCCAUGAAACUAUAUGGAAAGGUGUUCCCAAGUUCUUACGUCGUGUUGACACGGCUCUAAAGAACAUUGGGAUCAAAGAGCGUGUUCCGUACAAUGCUCCUCUUAUUCAGUUUUCUUCUUGGAUGGGGGGUGAUCGUGAUGGAAAUCCUAGAGUGACUCCAGAGGUUACAAGGGAUGUCUGCUUGUUAGCGAGAAUGAUGGCUGCAAAUCUAUACUUUUCCCAGAUCGAGGAUCUUAUGUUUGAGCUGUCGAUGUGGCGCUGCAGUGAUGAACUUCGUGUCCAAGCAGAUAUGUUACAUCGAACUUCAAAAAAGGAUGCAAAACAUUAUAUUGAGUUCUGGAAACAAAUUCCUCCAAAUGAACCUUACCGCGUUAUACUUGCGGAUGUGAGAGAUAAGCUAUAUUAUACUCGUGAGCGGGCAAGGCAUUUAUUGUCAAAUGGGUACUCUGACAUCGUUGAGGAAGCAACUUUCACCAGUGUUGAGCAGUUCCUGGAACCCCUUGAACUCUGUUACCGAUCACUCUGUGCUUGUGGCGAUAGACCCAUAGCUGACGGAAGUCUUCUUGACUUUUUACGUCAAGUCUCAAUUUUUGGCCUGUCUAUUGUGAGACUUGAUAUCAGGCAAGAAUCUGACAGGCACACCGACGUUAUUGAUGCCAUCACUAAGCAUCUAGAGAUAGGAUCCUACCGUGAGUGGUCAGAGGAGAAGCGUCAAGAAUGGCUAUUAUCUGAACUUAGUGGAAAACGUCCAUUAUUUGGUCCUGAUCUUCCAAAAACUGAAGAAAUUUCCGAUGUUUUAGAAACAUUCCAUGUCAUUGCGGAUCUGCCUUCUGAUUCCUUUGGUGCAUAUAUCAUCUCAAUGGCAACUUCUGCAUCUGAUGUUCUCGCUGUUGAACUGCUGCAGCGAGAAUGCCAUGUGAAGAAUCCGUUGAGAGUUGUGCCUCUGUUUGAGAAACUUGCGGAUCUUGAGGCGGCCCCUGCUGCAUUAGCUAGACUCUUCUCAAUAGACUGGUACAAGAACAGGAUAAAUGGAAAACAAGAAGUUAUGAUCGGAUAUUCAGAUUCUGGGAAAGAUGCUGGCCGUCUCUCUGCAGCUUGGCAGUUAUACAAAGCUCAAGAAGAGCUAAUAAAGGUUGCCAAGAAAUAUGGAGUAAAAUUGACAAUGUUUCAUGGAAGAGGAGGUACCGUUGGGAGAGGGGGAGGUCCUACUCAUCUCGCUAUAUUAUCUCAACCACCGGAUACCAUCAAUGGCUCACUUCGAGUUACUGUUCAAGGUGAAGUCAUUGAACAGUCUUUUGGUGAAGAGCAUUUGUGCUUCAGAACACUCCAAAGAUUUACUGCUGCUACUCUUGAGCAUGGGAUGCGCCCGCCAAUUUCUCCCAAGCCAGAGUGGCGUGCCUUGUUGGAUGAGAUGGCUGUUGUGGCCACAAAGGAAUACCGGUCCAUCGUCUUUCAGGAACCACGUUUUGUUGAGUACUUUCGCCUGGCAACACCUGAGACGGAAUAUGGUCGUAUGAACAUUGGAAGCAGGCCAUCAAAAAGGAAGCCCAGUGGAGGAAUAGAGUCAUUACGAGCAAUCCCAUGGAUAUUUGCGUGGACUCAGACUCGGUUUCACCUUCCUGUGUGGCUUGGCUUUGGUGCAGCAUUCAAACAUGCAAUGCAAAAGGAUGCCAAGAAUCUUCGUACACUUCAAGAGAUGUAUAAUGAGUGGCCAUUCUUCAGAGUCACCAUUGACUUAAUUGAGAUGGUUUUUGCAAAGGGAGAUCCUCGCAUUGCUUCUCUAUAUGAGAAGCUUCUUGUUUCUAAGGAUUUGUGGUCUCUUGGGGAGCGACUGAGAGCCAAUUAUGGAGAGACGAAGAAUCUUCUUCUUCAGGUUGCUGGUCACAAGGAUCUUCUCGAAGGGGAUCCAUACUUAAAACAGAGGCUGCGUCUUCGUGAUUCCUACAUAACAACUCUCAAUGUUUGCCAAGCUUACACCCUGAAACGAAUCAGAGACCCUGAUUACCAUGUAAAACUGAGGCCUCAUCUUUCAAAGGAAGUCAUGGAGUCUAGUAAACCAGCCGCAGAGCUAGUGAAGCUGAACCCAACGAGUGACUAUGCUCCAGGCUUAGAAGACACAUUGAUCCUGACAAUGAAGGGAAUAGCCGCGGGCCUGCAGAACACUGGUUGAAGUCGCUGAGGUUCGUAUAUGGAGGUAUCAUUAAUGGGUUAUAUAUGAUUGUAUCUACGCACACGAGUUUUAGUAAUUUGAACUAGAAACUUUGGCUUUGUAUUUAUAUGAACUUAUGCAAAUUGAGCGACUGGCUCUUGUGGCCCAGACUAGUAGCCUUUGUCUUUAGAACAAGUGAUGAGAACAUUGAGAAGGAAAUAAUAGCUGCAUACCAGUUUGCUCUUGCAAGGAAGAGUAUGAUUUCUA